AAGACAUAAAGCUUUAAAAUAUGUUGUAUUUUCUGAGAAUUUGGUUUAUUUGUAUAUUGAGUCGGUUUUUAAUUGCCUCAUCCUUACUGUCGAAUAAAAAUGAUGGAAAGACGUACCGAGACUUUGUGACUGAUGAUUCCAAAGGUACAGAUAUUGUCCGUCAGCUUCUCAACCAAGAAACCAUUAUCCGAAUGACUUUAACGAAUAACGUCCAAUCCCUGAUGAAAGAUAUGUUGACAUUGAAAAAGUCCAUGGAAUUAAGACUUUCUCAAUUGGAGGGAGAAGUGAAGCAACUCAAAACAGAAAACCAACAACUUGAUUCUGACUUACGGUCGAUGAAGGCAAAGGAAAGAAAUUUAUCUACAUUAGUUGCAACUUUUCAGGCAUCAUUGUCGAAUGUUUCAAGUCUCGUUAGUGGAAAGACAAAGAAGGUAUGUUUCACUGCUGCAGUGACGUCAUACAAUACUUCGUGGAACAGAGGAACCCUGAUAUUCCCUUUUGUCAUCACAAAUGAAGGUAAUGGAUACAACCCGAGUAACGGAAUAUUUACUGCUCCUACUGACGGGAUGUACGUCUUCUUUGUGAAUGUUCAAAGUUAUAGUACACAACAAAUUCAUGCAGAUAUUGUGUUAAAUGGAUCGACAAAAGUCAGAACAUUAGCCUAUAGUACCGGUACUGGUGAUUAUUAUGACGCAGGUCCAAAUAUGGUGGUACUAGCUAUUCAGAAGGGAGACGCAGUAUGGGUCAAGCAUCACUCUGGUACUGGUUAUUACACUCACAGCGAUGGACCCAUGACUACAUUUUCCGGUUUUCUCAUAUAACUAUAUCUGUAACUAGUUCACAGUGCAUACUAUGAAUAUUGACCAGUCAUGUUUUGUAUAUAUAUAUAUAU